AGAUCCGGCCACUAAGCCCAUUUUUAUUUCCAUUGGCAUUUACCAAGAGUAGACGAGCGAUGACACUGCCGACCUCUUUACCGUUUAACUGGACAGAGUUCAUAUGAUUCUCUUGUCUCCUAGAAAUCGCGUCUUCUUCAACGAACUUGUUCGGCAUAGCAAAGAGAAGAACGUCCAGAAGGGAAGAACUUUACACGCGAAGAUAAUAAAAACUGGUUCCUUUUCUUGCAUAUACAUAUCCAAUAGCCUCGUCAAUUUCUACGCCAAGUGCGGUCACUUGGUUGAAGCCAAUUUAGUGUUUGAAGAAAUAACCGACAAAGACGUGGUCUCAUGGAACUCCCUAAUCAAUGGCUACUCUCAGCAGCGUCUCACGGGGUCGCUCAUUGUUAUAAAACUCUUUCAGCGAAUGAGGGCGGAGAAUGCCUUACCAAAUGCACAUACUUUUGCUGGGGUUUUCACAGCCGCUUCUUGGCAUUUGUCGAGCGCUUCAGUUGGUCAGCAAGCUCAUACGCUUGCGGUUAAGACUGCAACGUUUUAUGACGUUUAUGUUGGGAGUUCUCUUCUCAACUUCUAUUGCAAGGCGGGUCUUGUUUUGGAGGCUCGCAAAUUGUUUGAUAAAAUGCCUGAGAGGAAUGCGGUGUCUUGGGCUACUAUGAUAUCUGGGCAUGCUAGUCAACGGCUGGCAGUGGAGGCUUUUGGGCUUUUUGAGUUGAUGCGGCGAGAAGGUGAGGGUGAGGAGAAUGAGUUUGUGUUUACAAGCCUACUUAGUGCUUUGGUUGUUCCUGAAAUGGUUAAUAGUGGUAGGCAAAUACAUGGUCUUGCAGUUAAGAAUGGUUUAUUGUCGUUUGUAUCUCUUGGAAACGCUCUUGUUACUAUGUACGCAAAAUGUGAGAGCAUGGGUGAUGCAUUUCAAAUUUUUGAAUUUUCUAACGAGAAAAAUUCGAUUACAUGGUCAGCCAUGAUCACUGGUUAUGCUCAGAGUGGGGAUUCUGAGAAAGCUUUGAAAUUGUUUUCUAAGAUGCAUAUUUCUGCGAUGAAGCCCAGUGAGUUCACCCUCGUUGGAGUUCUUAAUGCUUGUAGUGACGUUGUUGCUGUCAUGGAAGGAAAACAAGUGCACAGCUAUUCGUUGAAGUUGGGGUUUGAGCCUCAAAUAUUUAUAAUGACAGCAUUGGUUGACAUGUAUGCAAAAUGUGGCCGUAUAGUAGACGCUCGGAGAGGGUUUAAUCUUCUGCAAGAACCUGACAUUGUUCUUUGGACUUCCAUGAUUGCGGGGUAUGUGCAAAAUGGGGAGAAUGAAGAAGCCUUGAGCAUGUAUUGCAGAAUGCAGACGGACGGGAUUUUGCCCAAUGAAAUAACCAUGGCCAGUAUUCUAAAAGCAUGUUCAAGCCUCGCUGCUUUGGAACAGGGAAAGCAAAUCCAUGCCUGCACUCUCAAAUAUGGAUUUAGUCUAGAAGUUCCAAUUGGAAGUGCCCUUUCAACCAUGUAUGCGAAGUGUGGGAAUCUGGGAGAUGGGAACCUUGUCUUUAGGAGGAUGCCUGCGAGGGACGUAGUCUCAUGGAAUGCUAUGAUAUCUGGCCUUUCUCAAAAUGGGCGCGGGGAAGAAGCUUUGGAACUUUUUGAGGAGAUGAUAGUGGAGGGCACAAGGCCAGACUACGUUACGUUUGUAAACAUUCUCUCGGCUUGUAGUCACAUGGGAUUGGUGGACAGAGGCUGGACUUAUUUUAGGAUGAUGUUUGAUAAAUUCGCCAUAGCUCCAAGAGUAGAGCAUUAUGCUUGCAUGGUCGACAUCCUAAGCCGUGCAGGAAGGCUCAACGAAGCUAAAGACUUCAUCGAAUCUGCUACCGUAGAUCAUCGCAUGUGCUUAUGGCGUAUUUUACUAAGUGCUUGUCGAAACUACCGCAACUAUGAAUUGGGAGCAUAUGCCGGAGAGAAACUGAUGGAUUUGGCCUCACUAGAAUCGUCUGCUUAUGUAUUGCUGUCAAGUAUCUACACUUCCUUGGGCAAGUCAGAAGAUGUUGAAAGGGUCAGGAAGACGAUGAAACUUAGAGGGGUGAGUAAGGAGCCUGGGUGUAGCUGGAUUGAGAUUAGGAGUAAAGUUCAUGUGUUUGUUGUGGGAGACGAAAUGCAUCCCCAGAUUGGAGAAAUACGUGCAGAACUACGAAAGUUACUUGAACAAAUGAAGGAUAAAGGGUACAAGCCUACUCCUGAUUCUGCCUCUGCUACCAUUUCAGUUUGAUAUACAACAUUGAUUAUCUUUUUUUAUCAAGAAAAAUAAGAUAUAUACAACAUUUCAGUUU